AUUUCAGCCUUUCUUAAAACGGUUCUGGAUAAAGAUGACAAAGACGUGAAAGCUGUGCCACUCAGUAACAAUACUGUUAGCAGAAGAAUAGGCGAAAUGAGUGAAGAGAUUGAAAUACAACUUGUUCAAAAGCUGAAAACAAGAAAAUUCUCAGUACAAAUAGAUGAAUCAACUUUGAGAGACUGUGAGGCUGUGUUGAUAACAUACGUAUAACGGGUAUUUUGCUGAAGAGAUGUUGUUCCUUAAAUCAUUAGAAACCACCACUACCGCCAACAAUAUAUAU